GAACUUAUUUUUAUUUGAUGUUUUCGCUGCAGGCUUUGAUGAAAACGGAGAGUUUGUUGCCGACUAGCCAGAUGAAACAUAACUAUACACUACAUUGCUGGAGAUAACUUUGUAUGGCUAAUUUCCUUAGGCUUAAUUGGACAGAGAUAUCAGCAGGGCGGUAGGGAGUCAAAUACCAUUUGCAUGGAACGCAGUAAAGCCAAUAUACCCCACGGCAAAUGAAGAAACCCCGCUUCUUAAGUGAAAAAGUCAAACCUCAAAUAAUAAUCAAAGAAAAGUAUCACGGCAUGGCAGCUGGGUAUCCGUCCCAAAUAUUAGCAUCUCUCUUUCUCUUCAGGUUAUUCGCCACGAAGUUCGGAAACCCUUCGUGUCUUGCAUUCUCCACCACCGUGCCGGUGGUCUUCCAAUGCACCUACUUAAAUUUGGUCUUUGCCACCAAACCCCUCACAGCAUCGCCCAGCUUAUCCAGUGCCGCCUCCAGUGACGUCUCCCGCUUCCAUGCUAUCAACUUGAAGAGUCGUUGAAGUGGGCUCUUUCGCAACCUCUCCUUUGGUAUCUCAGUGGUGACCA